AAGUUGAUGUGCAGGGUUAUUACAGACGAGUGAUUGUAAAAAAGGCAUAUAAAAGUUCUAUUUUACGAUGUCGGAUACACCACCGAAAUCGCAGAGAAAAUCGGGAAUCGAGGAAACUCAGCUCGUGAAUGUUGUCCUAAAAUAUUUCAAGCUUGCAGGAGUUGCAGUUGGAGUUUGGCUGUCUGGUUACUUCAACUUCAGCCCCAGUUGGCUGCUGAUCGGGUUGGUUUUAUAUGUGUGGAAAGAACGUCAGGGUCAGCGCAAGAAAUUACAGAUAGAAAUUCGGCAAGACACUGCAAGAGAUGAACAGAAAGCUAUUUUAGCUCGUGUGGAAGAUUUGCCAUCUUGGGUUCAUUUUCCUGAGGUAGAAAGAGCAGAAUGGUUCAACAAGAUACUGGACCAGAUCUGGCCAUUUAUAGGCGAUUAUGUCAAAGACUUGCUGACCAAUUCCAUCCAACCCAAAAUUCAGACCAGUCAUGCUCAGAUGGCUUCCUUUGUGUUUACAAAGAUAGAUCUGGGAGAUAUUCCCCCUCGUAUUGGAGGUGUCAAAGUUUACACAGAAAAUGUGCGGAGAGAUGAAAUCUACAUAGAUCUGGACAUCAUAUAUAGCAGUGACUGUGACUUAAUGGUGAAGCUAAAAGGAAUGCAUAUGGGUAUUAAAGACUUACAGGUCAGGGGUACCAUGAGGGUGAUCUUUAAGCCUUUACUGAGCCGUAUGCCACUGUUUGGAGGAAUUAGUGUCUUCUUUCUCAACAACCCUUCCAUUGACUUCAACCUGAAGGGGUUAGCCGAUGCCUUUGAUUUACCAGGUCUCAGAGAGAUGGUUGAGGACAUAAUCGCCGAGCAGAUAGCCAACAUAAUGGUGCUACCCAAUAGAAUAGCGGUCCCAAUGGUGCCAGAACUAAAUCUUGCCCUCCUCAAGUACCCUCCACCGGAGGGUGUUUUGCGAAUUUACAUGGUGGAGGCCAGGAAUCUGGUAUCAGCUGAUAUGGCUUUAGUUGGAAAAGGAAAAUCAGAUCCAUAUGCUGUUUUGAAAUUCGGUCCUGAGAAAUUCAAAACCAAAGUCAUAAACAACACUGUCAGCCCUGUUUGGAAUGAGGUUUUUGAGACUGUCAUAGACUGCAAAGAUGCUCAGGUGAUAGACCUGGAGAUAAGGGAUGAGGACCCAGGAAGUAAAGAUGACAAAAUUGGAACGGCAGCAAUUGACAUUUCCAGUACAAUGACUGAAGGAACCGUUGAUUUUUGGUUGCCAUUGGAAAAUGUUAAGAAGGGGGAUGUUCACCUUAAAUUGGUCUGGAUGUAUCUGGCUAAUGACCCCAUGGUCCUGGAAAAGACUAUGAAACAGACAGAUACAACCUCUGAACUUGCCACCUGUGUCCUUAUGGUUAACCUGGACUCUGCCAGAGACUUACCUAGAGUAAAGAAACAGAUAGCUGAACCGAGUCCUUUUGUAAUUCUCUCCAUUGGACCGAAGACUUUUGAGACAGAAGAAAAGCCCAACACAGAUAGUCCUGUGUGGGAGAAGCCAUUCCGAUUCCUGGUUCAGAACCCCCAAAUUCAGAAGCUGGACAUUCAGAUUUUUGACAAGAAGAGUCCAAAAGAUUCCUUGGGUGAUCUAAAUAUUCCUUUGAAAACCUUGUUAUCUGCCCCUGACAUGACUCUUGACCGAGAUUUUGCUCUCAAGAACUCAGGAUUGGAUAGCAAGAUCAACAUGAGACUGUCUCUAAGAAUCUUGACAACAGAAAACAACCCAGCCUGGAGAAGUGAGGGUAGCAUGCUGAACACAAACUCUAGCAGUGUGGAUCCCCCUGCUUCAAAGGACAAAGAAGCCACAUCCACCCCUGUAGAUCCACCCACAUCUCAGAAGAAGGUGACCCCAUCCACAUCAGACUCUGCCCAAAAAUCUCAGCCCUCAAAAUCAGCAACUGCUAAUGAACCCAGUCCUACCAUUAAGAAGGUGGAUGUCACACAGGUCAAUGCAGCAAAGCCUGAGGGACAAGUGAUUCCUCCUGCCACCAACACUGGCCCCCAGACAGUAACCAGUACUGAGGUCAGACAGAGGAAAACCAAGUCCUCCCCAGCCCCAGCUGAGUCCGAUACCAGAGGUGCGUAUGGAAGAGGAAGGAUUCAGUUGACCUUCAGAUACAGCUCUCAAAGACAGAAACUAGUGGUGGUGGUUCAUAAAUGUCUGAAUUUGCUGCCGUGUGACAGUGACAACUUGGCAGAUCCUUACGUGAAAAUGUACCUUCUUCCUGACAAGUCCAGUAGUGGCAAACGGAAAACAAAAAUCGUCAAAAACAACCUGAAUCCUGUCUUUGAUGAAACGUUUGAAUUUCCCUUGAAGCAGGAGGAUAUAGCAGGUCGUGACUUGGAGCUGACCAUCAGGAAUGACACCAGUUAUUUCUCCUCUAAUAUCAAAGUAAUGGGUGUGGUGACUAUUGACCUGUCUAAAAUGGACAUCUCUAAAGCUGCCACAGAGUGGUUUGACCUCCAUCCAGAAGACAGUGAUGAUGCAGAGAAUCCUGUCUCUGUGGAAUCCGAUGUCUGAGCAUGUGCAGUGAAAGUAGCUCUCCUAAGAUCUGAGGUUGUCCUUGUACUCACUGAAUGAGAACAAAAUAGUGAUAAAAAACAUGACAAUAGUUACCAAGAUAUUAUUCAUGUUAUACUCAGUAGAACCAAUAUAUUUGUUAUGAAUUGUAUGCAUUAUUGGGAGAGGUUUAUUAUGUAUGGUUGGGAAAUUAUGUUAAACUCUAGUAUAUCCUAGGGAUAUUGCAUUUACACUUUUCACUGCCUUUGUCUAAUAUUUUAUGGCAGAAUUAGUUUUUGAGUUGAGCGGUUGAUGUUUGCAUCCUAUCUUUUCAAGAAAAAAAGGCUGUUAAACAAGACAUCUCUUAAUAUGGAAAUCAAGAUUCUAAGUGUAGUCUCAAUUUAUACUGAUGCAUGCACGACAUUUUCACAAAAUGAAGAAAAAAAAAUCUCUUAUUUUGAGGAAUAAAUCACAAUAAUCUCAUGAAUAGUAUUCAUUCUGAUGGCAGAUUCUAAAUGUAGUUUUCAAUUUUAAAUUGAAUUUUAUGUAUGCAAAUACUGUUAUGAGUGACAAUACUGACUUAAUGUAGUUCUUAGAAGAUGAGUUGUCAGAAGGGAAUGAUUUUUAGUGAUUUGAAAACCCCUGUUUAGUAUUUAAGUUUACUGAAUUUGUUAAUCCAUAGUUUAUAUGUAUACAUAUAUAUUGUAUAUAGAAUUUUAUUUUGUUUAUGUCAUUUUUAUUUAAUUACAUCAGUCUCCUACACUUGUAUUUGUUUGAUUUUUUAGUUAUUCACUGAUAGCUAUGUGUUUGUGAGAAUUAACUUUAUUCUUAAUAUACUACGGAUUUAUAUAAAGUUCUGUCAGUGAUGUGAGAGAACUCCCCGUCCAGCAUGUUGCUUUAUUUGUUCAUUGUUCUAGACACAUUUUGACGUGUUCCUUGUACAUUAUAGCUCCUUCUGUGAUCAAAGUUUUUUGUUAUUUGAAAAGUUUUAAACCUUGCUUUUUAUUUUGUGCAAUAUAUCUGUAUAUUUAAAGAAUUCUUCACGUUUGAAAAAAAAUUGUUUAUCAUAGCUAUGCUUUGUCAAAAUGAUGUAACUAAAUUUCAAUUUCUUUAUUGCAUUAAGUCAAAGUCAAGAUUUUUUUUUUUUAUUUACAUUACUGUAAUUUUACCAGCAGGAAAUGUUUUCAGAUAUCUUUGAAGUCAGUGGGUGUGCAGUGUUUAUUUAAAAAUAUGCUUUAAUACUUUCUGUCUUGUUUUCAAAUUCACCUUCUUGCAUGUCUUAAUACUCCAGUUGUUAUUUUUUUAUUUUUUUAUUUUUUUAGAUAACUAUUUUCGUUUUGUAAUAAAUUUUUUUUUCAUAAAAAGUAUUCUUUGAAGCUGCCUCAGAGUAAGAAGAUUGGAUUUUUUUUACUUCAAAUGUCAUAGGCAAAAUUAUUUUCGAAAUUUCAUCAUUGUGAUACAGGGCAAAAAAUGAAUGUACAUGAACUUGAAACGUGUAUGUGUUUUGAUAUGGCUGUCAGAAAAUAAAAAAAAAUCAAACAUAUUC